AUGGCGAGCGGUUCGGGCAACGAUGCUAGGUCUCAGGGGCCUGACAUCCUACGCCUGAAUAUAUGUCUUACUGUAUUCUCAUCUCUUAUCAUGAUCGCUCGUCUGUACGCUCGUUGCUUCAUGACCAGGGCUUUUGGUGUUGACGACUUUUUGGCAUUACUUGGCUUCGCACUGACUGUCGCUGUUUCCUCCAUCGAAAUUGCCCAAGUACAAAACGGAUCAGGCUCUACAAUGAGUACACUCACUCCCGCACAGCUAAAAGCUUUUUUCACUCUUCUACCUGUCGAACAAAUGCUGUUUUUCCCGGCGCUCUGCUUCAUUCGUCUGUCAAUUUUGGCUUUCAUUCCGCGUCUUCGCCGAGAUAGUGCAUUCAUGCGAUGGUUAUGGGGCAUUGGCGCUAUUAUCAUUUUGACAACUCUGGCACCAUUACUCUUCUUCCUUCUAGAAUGUAGACCUAUCGCGGACCUAUUCGAUCGCAUGAAGCAGAAUAGAAAUUGUGUCAGCCAGAAGGUGGAGGCUCAUAUGCUUUGGGCACAUAGUAUCAUCGGGAUUUUUAUCGACGCCGCGCUAUUUGGAAUUCCAAUCUGGGUCAUUUACAAGAACAUGAGAUUCGGUUCUCAGGCUAUAAAGGUUAUUCUAGUCUUCUGUGUUGGCUUAGUUGCCAUCGUGGUUGGCAUUAUUCGACUUGGCUUCAUGAUGACGACCGACUUUGGCGUUGACACGACUUACAAAAUGGGCCGAGUUGCUAUUUGGGUGUCGAUUGAAUUACACGUGGGACUCUGGUGCGGUAGCUUCCCUGCUCUACAGCCUCUGAUUCGCCUCGUUUCCUACCAGGUCGGUCUCCAAAGUCACUUAUAUAGUACAGACAAAACAACGGCUCGAGGAACUCGGACCGGAACUCGGCCUGGUGCAAGUCAAUACAUCAGGCAGCCCCAUGUAGCUGACACCGACCCUGGGAGUGAUGGCGCGAGCGCAAGAGCUAUUGUCACAGGCGGUGAUGGGACGGCAGAAUCUGUAGAGCUUCGGCAUGUGGACAGCAAAGGUAUCACGGUAAUGACUGACGUGGUAGUGAGGAUAGAAAAUCAAGUUUCCUCUAGAGAUAGGGGGAAAAUGGAAACAACAUGGGAUGCAGUCUAA